AUAAAAAGAAGCUCAAUUCCCAGAAAAGACAAUACGGCUGGGUAGUACGACUGAAGACGAAAAGCCAAAAGGCCCAAGGUGGCUGAAACGGUCCACCGUAACACGCGUCGCGAGUGCCACGUUCCGCGUUCUUUCCCCCGCGCGGCAUUUCUUAUCGUAUCAGUUCUAGUCUGUUUCCCGCGAACGUCGAAAUAAAUAAUAAAAAACUCAGGGUCCCCUUUCCCCCAAUUCCUUCCUUCCCCUUGGCUGUCUGUGCCCUCCAAUUGAACGAAGUCAUUGAUUCUGUGCAAUCCGUGCGCCUCGUCGCUUCCCCUUCCGCCACCACCCAAUGGCGUCAGAGCCUGUGCUCCCGCCGCUCAUUGCAGGCGGCGGCGAUAACAGCAGCUUGGCCGACUCUGCCUUUGAGGGUUCUUCAAGUGACCCCGCCGUCUUCUCAAGCGAUGAUCUACGUGAUGCCUCCUGUGACGACUAUGUCUCAAGUCAUCGCAAGAGACUGUAUCGCGGGGCAUGGUGGGGCCUAAACAAAACCCGCAGAAAGCUGCGGCGCACCAUUGACAGUGGUGUCUUUAUGGGCAGCGAGGGCACGGAUGGCAGCGCAGAUGAUGUGCUUGAAGAGCUUCAUGGAAGGUCGCCUCUCUCAACGGGUAUCAAUGGAGAAGUGAGACGACCCUCUGCGCAAGGCGGGCUGGAUAUAUUUUCCCUGGCUAGCCAACGCAGACAAAUACAGACCAUUUCGACCCACGACAAUAGAUUUCAUCCAUACUCCCCGGCGUCGAUCGCUCCGCGCAUCGCAAUUGAGUCGCGUGCGGACAAUAUCAUUGGACGUUGCUUGGAAGGGGGCGUAGAUCGUGUUGAUCUCUCAGGCCAACGCCUUAAUUUCCUUUCCAAUUCGACCAUUUCCCAGCUCAAGCAUCUCGUCAAGACGCCGCAGUACGAAAGCGCUUCCUUGGACUCGGAUUCGUUCGAGUCAAUGAUCCCUUCGAUUGAUCUGCAGCUACAAAGCAACCUGCUUCGCUCCUUGCCCAGCGCGCUCUUCCAGCUGGAGCAUCUCACAAUUCUCAAUCUUCGGUACAAUUACCUCUCAGAGCUGCAUCCUGCGAUUGCGAAUCUUACGAAUCUCGAAGAGCUUCACCUUGAUGGAAACGAUUUGCGCUACCUGCCCUAUGAGAUCCUCAAACUGCUAGGCAAGGACGGCAAACUAAGGAGGCUCUUACUCUGCUCGAACCCGCUACUCAAACUCGCCGCAGAGCCGAUAGCCGGGCAGACGGGACUUCUCUCUGCGGCGGACGCUGUGGCCGAAGUUGUGCGCGCCAGAGCCCAUGCUCGUGCCAAGGAUGCCGAAAAGCGUGAGUCUGUUCCUGCCGGGGAGCAGCAGCCUUCGUCACAAUCGCAUCCCUCGUCUAAUCAGCCCGAAGACUGGGAACCCCGUCACCUGAUUUCCACGUCUCUCAAGCUCCUUGCCAUUGACGGCUCCCUUUACACCAACCCCACGUCUACCAUCACGCCUCCCUGUCCUAUCAUAUCCUCCUCGGCCGGAUCUUCUUUGGGAGUGGCCACUCCUGGCCCGCCAUCUUCAGUCUUUACUUCUUCUUCCGUCUCUGCUGCACCAUCUCUCUUCGAGACCGCUCUGCGCGUCUGCCACAGCAACGACGCACUUGAGCACCUGCCGGCGCUUCUACCCUUGGACACUCCAGAAUCCGUUUCUCGCGCUCUUCGCGAGACCUUGCGCAUCAAAGAGUCCGAGGAUGAACGCGUGUGCACUGUCUGCGGCAAAUGGUACCUUUUGCCCCGAACAGAGUGGAUCGAGUGGUGGGAUUGCAUCCCCCCACCUCCUGGAGUCCCGCGCAUCCCUCCUGCGACCGUUGAAGAAGAAGUGACGAAAACGAUUGCUCGCGCCGUGCCUUUGAUCCGAAAAGGCUGCUCGUGGGCUUGUCGGCCUGGUGUCCCCCCCCGCACGGAGAAAGCUGGCAAGUAGACGCGGUCUGAAUUGGGGACGUGACUUGGACAUGAUGCUGCAAAAUGGCCAAUUGGGAAAGAUGGCCAUUGCUAUAUUCCUGUGCUUGCGCAGUAUCAUUAUCCUUAUCACUAUCAUCAUCACUAUCAUUAUCGUUAUUAUUAUCGUUAUUAUUAUCACCAGUAUUGGUAUCCUUUUCGGUCAUCAUCUGUAUCGGUAUCUUUUCGGUCAUCAUCAUCAUCAGCAUUAGUAUCAGC